CAAAAAAUGCUAAUGUCAAAAGCUGACAAACAUAUUUUUCUAGAAGAAAAAUAAUUACAAUAUAUUUUAUUCAAUUGUGUACGAAAAUAUAAAUUUCGUAAUAAUUUACUUGUUUGCUUAAGGUGAAUAAUGAUAUAUGUGACAAAAUAGAGUUGAACGAAGCGUGAAUAUUGCUAGAAAAAUGAGUAAACAUACGUACACUACAGCGAACCUCACCGAUAAAGAGCUGAAGGAGCAAGGAAACAGAUUGUUCAGCCUUAGGCGCUUUGAGGAUGCUAUGAACUGCUAUACAAAGGCUAUUAUAAAAAAUCCAUCAGUUGCCACAUACUUCACAAACCGUGCAUUAUGCCAUCUGAAGAUGAAGAGAUGGGAGGCAACUUGCCAGGAUUGUCGAAGGGCUCUUGACAUAGACAAUAAUCAGGUCAAAGGCCAUUUCUUUUUGGGACAGGCUUUGGUAGAACUUGACUGUUACGAUGAAGCCAUAAAACAUCUGCAUAGAGCAAAUGACUUGGCGCGCGAACAGAAGUUAAACUUCGGCGACGACAUCGCCGCACAAAUCCGUAUAGCGAGGAAAAAGCGAUGGAACGUACAAGAGGAAAAGAGAAUAGCGCAGGAGAUCGAACUGCAGUCUUAUUUGAAUAGGUUAAUAAAUGAGGAUAUGCAGCGUAGAAUAGAAGCAUUAAAAGUAGACUCAAAUAACAAGGACGAUGUUAGUAGUAAGGCGUCUAAAAUAGAGGAUGAAUGUAAUAACUACAGGAGCGAAUUAAAUAUACUAUUUUCUAAAAUGGAUGAGAGAAGAAGGAAACGUGAUGUACCCGAUUACUUGUGCGGCAAGAUCAGUUUUGAGAUAUUGAACGAGCCAGUGAUCACGCCUAGCGGGAUUACUUAUGAGAAGAAAGACAUCGAGGAACAUUUGGAGCGCGUCGGCCACUUCGAUCCGGUGACUCGUGUGAAGUUGACAGCGGAUCAAUUAAUUCCUAACUUCACGAUGAAGGAGGUUGUGGACGCGUUCCUUCAGGAGAACGAGUGGGCUCUUGAUUACUGAGUGCUGAGUAUUGAGCUCAUUUCUAUGUACUCGUGUCGUUGUCUAGGUAGAUAUGUUUGAAUGUUGUUAUGUCCAUAUGUUGCAAAAGUACCCCGGCCUAAUGAUGGUUUAAUUAAAGAAAAAGAUCUUGAAAUGGGUUUGAAACUUAUUUUUUUACUGGAAAAUAUAGAUCUAGCAAAUAAAUUAUCUCUGCUGAUAGCUGGCUCUUAAGAGGUGACAUUGCUGUCCCUGUACGAUAUCUAAAGUCGUGAAUUCAUUAUCCAUACGAACUUAUAAUAGUAGCCACGUCAGCACUAAUCUCUUAAGUCGGGGCAUUAAUGCAUACAAAUGUGUCCGGUUCGAUUCAGCUCGUUUCAUGUUAGUCCGUCUAGUUUCGAACUAGACGGGAGUCCUAAAUAGUGAACUUUCGGCUUAGCUCGUCCGAUAAUAUGGUGUUGUAGUAUAAAUGAAAAGUGGUAAUGUAAGGAAGGUCGAAGCCGACAUAGAUAUGGGGAUACUUUGUUGUGGCAAAUUCGAUCGUAUAACUUUAACACUCAAGUUGCUUUUUGAUUGACCGAUGAUCCGUGAUGACUUGAAUAAAAAAAACACGACGCAAAAUAAUUAGUGUAAAAAUGUAAUUGCAAGCAAUAGACACACAUAUAAAUUAUUAUAGUGCAUUAGAAACCUAAGCUAUGUAUGAUUGGGAUGUUAAUAAUAAUAAAGUAAUGUACGGAGAAUGUCGAUAGACAGUUUAUUGUAGCCACAAUUUACUUGUGCAGCCUUAAAUAAACAGUAUUUGGUCACUAAAUGUUACAAAAGUAUGUUAGAAAGAAGGUCCCUUAAUACUUUACUAUUAGAAUUAAACCUAUACAUAAAUAGUCCAAAAAUUUUCGAGAAAAAAGUAACAAUUUCUCACAAUAUAAGAAUAUGAGCUUGCUAACAACACUAUUCAUAGAUUUUCUAUUGUAAUCCUUAGGAAUAAAGUUUAGUUUUUCCUGGCUAUUUUAAUUUAAUACAUUAGAAUGGCUUGUUAUAGGGUCUUAGAAUUUCUCGUUAUUCCAAACUUCUUCAAUAUUUACCUAAAAAGCUAAUCUUCCAACAGACUUGUAGUUUUUGCCUCAAGUAGUAUUUAUUCGCUCACAAAUACAAAGCACUAUGCACAAAAUCGACUAAAAUAUCUUGCCUUCUAUAUAAUAAUGUACCUACCUAUUCAUAUUUGCUAUAGUGUCAUUUUUACAUAUACCAAAAUUGAGAUAGAAUGAUAUAGUAAAACCUGCUUGAAAAAAUAUCAGUCCGUAUAUAAUAAAAAUAGUCACAAAUAAUUUAAAAAAAGGAUCCAGUUUCUGAUUAAACCAAUCAGUUUUGUCGGUUACAAAUGGACUGUUCUCAUUGGGUGAUGAUGAUGUCUUAACAGCCAAUGAAAAUUCUUGUUUACAACAACAUUUUUCACUUGGUCACAUAAUGCGCAAGCGCUUUGUUUUUUAUCACUAGCGUUUUCUUUUAAUUUCUAAUUUAAUUAGUUUGUUCCCAUUUGGAAGUCCCUAUAUUGUUUUUUUUGUGAUAAAGUUGUAGACGAAUGUUUUCAAAAAGAAUUAUUUAAUCACUAUUUCACUAAUUUAAGAAAUCUUAAUGAUUUACAAUUGUAAAUUAUAAUGUUGAAGAGUCCUCAAUAUAAGGAAUUACUAUUUUUAAACUUCAUCUUUCAUAAAUUAAUUGUUUUUUAUAGUUUAUAACAAAUAAUAUAAACUUCGGAAUGUUUUCUCAUCAAAUGUGUUAUGGCAUUUCUUAAAGAAAUAACGAUACAUGUAAAGUAAGUUGGUUUUGAUAAUUUACGAGCACCAUAAAUAGUGUUUCUGAUAUUUUAAUAGAUAGCUUAACGACCCAUACAGAAUGGGUUCAUGUUUACCUAAUAUUUUAAUGAUACUGCUUCGUAAAGAGCUAUAUGAAUAUUUUAAAAUAAUUCGUGUUAGUGUGUAGUCUGAUUUGCGCUUUUCAAUUGGUCGUAAUUGAGAUCUCAGUCAUAUGAAAUGUUUGCAGGAAAAAUGCUUAUUGAAGUUAGUUUUUAUAUUUAGUACGAAAAUUGAAUAAUGAAAACUUAGUUUGUUUUAUUCCUUCUUUAAAAUAAAAUAUAAAGUAUAUUCGUUUUAUUAAAAUACACCUUAUCGUUAACUAUAUAAAACUGAUUUUUAUUCUAUCAUAAAACCAUUGUUUUUGCAAGAUUAAAAUAAAAUUGUUUACUAUAUUUUUAAAACGCCUUCGUACUCUUAGGUUGACUGUACAUCGUACUAGAUAAUUUCCAAAGAUUGUCAAUAACAUUAAAUUCACGUCCCUUGUGUUAAAUAUACAUAACACUGAAUCUGUUUUGCCAGCCAUUCUUACCAGGUAGAGCUAUGAGCCAAAUGACAUUUAUCCCGUGGUACCCGGAGCGCAGAACGAAGCAAGAGACAAUUUUUUUUUUCUUUUGUGUCUCAUAAACUUGCCAUAUAAUAUCGAAUGUCAGUUACAAUUCCUCAUCGAAUUGCAUUGUUCUAUUAUCUCGAUUAAGCCAAAGUUAGUUACUAGCAAACAACUGAUAAGACGUUUAGUUAUUAACAACAAACUACCACAAAGUUAAAAUUUCGAUUGUUCAUUAAUCUGCUGUCAACAUUCGACACUGGCUGUAUAGUCUACAAUAUUGAUUGAGAGAUUCGUUUUUUAUUAAAAAAAAAAUGUCUUUGUCAUUUGGCUCAUAGCACAGACCAGAGAGCUCACUAUAUAUAAUUAAAAAAAAGUUUCUAUAUUGUCUACCGAAAUUAAAUGUUGAUUAAUUGAUGUUAUUAUUUUUUUUA